AUCUCAUAGGCUGGGAAUAGGGGCACCGGAGAGUGGGACAUAUUACGGGUACGCAAUAUACAUGUAAAAGAAGUAGAAAAUAGGGGGUAAAGCGCAGUCAUCUUGGUGAUUAAGGUAUGUUGGUAUCAUUAAAAUAAUCAUCCUUGACCAGUGUUAAAACUAUGUCAACUUGAAGUUUGUAUAUCUUAGAACGUCUCGCUGUCUAUGGUUAUUCCACCCCUCGUCUGUGUUCAAAUGUAUAAUUAUACUUUAUAAUGAGGGCAGAUCGAGGAGUGUACUAUACACGUGUCGGACGUGUAAAUUAAUGUGUUUAUGUUAAAAUCUGAAGUAACAUGUUCUGUCUUUUCGUUACAGUAUAUAUAAUCCUAAUCCAACAUAUUUUCAAUCCACAAUUUUGAAUACACCGUGUUGUGUUGAAUCUCCAACAUGGCGCGGAACGUAAAUGGGGAAUUCCGGUUUGAGUGAAAGUUUUUGUACACCAUAGCAUUCUGGCUUUGGUGAUUUUAAAGUAUCUAAUCUUUGUCAUCUACCUCUGAGAUCAAGCUCUGGAAACAUUAAACUGUCAUUAUCAGUCUCAAGAAAUAACAUUAUUUUUAGUGCUGACAGUCCUUUCUACUUUCGUUUUAUUUUCUCGGAGGCGGAAGCUUUGCGUCGAAAAUGUUAUCAGAGUAACAGCUCCACAGAAUUAUGACAAGUCUUGGUCGAUUCGUCAUGGAUAUACGCCAUAUACGACUUAAAUGAGUUCAUCGUACUGAUUCCACAUUGCUUUCAAACCUGAAUGAAGCGUCAUGUCGGAGAGAGAGAGACGGAAAUGUUUGGAAGUUUUGGGAGUGCCUUAUGAUGCUAGUGAUGAUGAUAUUAAGAAGAACUAUUACAAGCUAGCCAAACAGUUCCAUCCUGAUAAGAACACUGAGCCCGGCGCCAAGGAAAGGUUUCAGGAGAUUGGCUAUGCCUACAAGUAUCUGACAGAAGGUCCACAGGCUGUGGGGGCGGAGGAUGAGGAAGAUGGAAUCCCUUUUGAGGUUUUUGUGCGGCUAUUCCCCUGGUUGAAUGGAGCUUUCAAUCCUUUUGGAAAUCCAUUUGGAAAUCCAUUUGGAAGUCCGUUUGGGAAUCCAUUUUUCGAACACAUUCAUUCCGGAGGACAUUCCUUUCACCGAGAACACCAUUACGGAGGUCACCGUCAUGGAGGUCACUAUUAUCAUGACUAUGAAGAAACAUUUUUCCCAGGAUUUUAUGAUGACUCUGAUGACAGUGAUUAUGAUGAUUAUUCUUAUACACGGCCAUCAACAUAUGUUCCUGGUCCAACUAAAGAAGAAAAGAAAAAGGAGAAAAAGAAAAAAGCUAAGGAACGACGAAAAGCUGCAAAGAUGGGUAAACAAUCACACGCCGCCUUUCAAGCCAGGUCAAAUUCCAGCCGCAAUACAUCAGACUCACAACAGACAUCGAAGCAGACGGCAGACAGAACUGACUCAAGUACUUCAGCACCAAACAAUUUUACUAAUGUCUUUCCAACACACAAUUCCAAUGCUCAUGACAGCUGUGCCCCUGAUUCGUCCUCUGCCAAGAAGGUUGAGCAAGAGAAGUUCAGCAAUGGCUCUAUACUACACAAGAACAAGGUGUCAGGAACUGAGAAGGUCAAGGCCACUUUGAGAGCAGAAGAUGUUAAAGCGGGCGGCCAUGACAGUUCAGGGGCAUCAGUAGGGAUCACUUCCCAGAAUUCUCAUGGCAAGAAAAGCAAGAAGAAACUUAAAGCAGAACAGAAACAACGUGAAAAGGAGAUGGAAUUGAUUGCUGCUGAAUUUAAGAAGAAGCAAAAAGAACAGGAAGAGAAGGAAGCUCAAAGGAGGGCAGUGAGGGAGGAGAGGAAGGAAAGGGAGACUACUCUUGGUGGGCAGGAUCUUGAUGAAAGUGUUGUCGACAAUGAUUCAGUGAUUACCGGAAAUGAUUCUGAGUCAGUGGAAGAUGUAGAUGCUGAUGAUGAGGCAGCCGCAGUGAUGGAAGAUGUGGACGACGACCUGGAUGGUGACCUCGAGAUUGAUGGCAUCGAGGACGGUCAGGAUCGAUCUGCAAGGAGUAGGGGAGAGAAGGACAAGCAAUUCAUGACACAUAAUAUGUCCAGUAUGCAGGCAUCAGGUAAAACUGAUGUUUCUAACGGCGGUCCUGCACGACAAAAAACAUCAUCGAGACCUGUCCCACAACAGCAGCAGCAGCAUGGUGCAACGCCCAAGACUUAUUACCAUGACAACAGGGGGUCCAGCCGGGGAGGUGGUGCUGAUGUCAAGGAGGAGUCACUUAAAAGACACAGAAAGAAAUAUAAACCCCAAGAGUUUGAGGAGGAUCCCGAAGUGGAUGGCGUCCAUGGUUCGGCUUACAGUGUCCUGAUGCCCCAGAGUGAGGCGGAGGAGAUGAGGAUGUUCCACGAGGCCCUGUUGAGGAGUGAGAUGGAGGCUGAGCAACAGGGAGUGAUGCCUCAGACAGAAGCAGAGGAACAAGCCAUGCUGCAGGCGGCCUUGAGGCAGAGUCAGAAUGCAAACUGGCAUGGAAACAUUCAGACACUGGAUGACGUAUCUGAUGGUGAUGACAGUAUCUUCAGUGGGGGGAGCUCCGGCAGGGAUAGUGGCAGAAGCUCUGGAACUCUGUGGCACAGCUCUAUCGGCAAGAACUCCAAGAGACAGGAAAACAGCGAGAUGUCCAGUCCUCCAUUAAGGGGCAGCAGGAGUAGACCCAAUCUCGGAGGUCUGGGCACGGGAAGCUGUGGAUUUGGAAGUACCAUCAGUCGAGGCAGAGGGGCUUCUACAGGAACAGCCGAUCAUGUUGGAAGAGGGGCUUCAGGGAAGCACGAUCAGUUUGAUCGGACUGUGGGGGGCAGGGUGAAAGGAAAGGAUAGAAAAGCUCCAGAACAUGGUGGGAGACAGGACGAGGCUUGGGAAUUCGGAGGUUCAAAAUUAGGACCAAGUUUUAAAAGUGACAAUGCUGAUGGCAUUCAGUUUGGAUUUGAUGAUGAGGGAGGAGCAGAGAUCAAGGAGAAGCACUUUCAGACUUUCUACAACAGUAACUACAAGUCUGACCAGGACGAAGGGAAGAAUGGAAGUAGCAAUACUUUCCCUGUAGAUGCUCAAACAAAGACAGGCCGCUCCCAGAAUGCAACUGUCGGACAGAUAGGUCCUGGGCACACUGACAACAAUACACCACAGGUAUCUGUCCUCGAUGGCUACCAGAAGAUUCCGCCACCACCAGCGCCGAAUAUAUCUAAAUUGCAAACAUCAUCAGCGCAAUCAGAAGCACAGAACCGAUCUCAUUCCUCAUCAGUUCCGGUGCAUCAGGACUCACUCUACAAGUCUAGUCACACAAGUGCCGUACAAUCUGCUGCAACGUCUGCUGCCACGUCUGCUGCCACGUCUGCUUCAACAUCUGCCAUCAUUAAUGACAUGGAUGAUAUAGACGAUGUAGACACGUUUGAAGAGUCUAGUGCAGCCACAUUCAGCUAUCCCUCCCAACCUUCAAGUAGUUUUAGCUUGGACAUACCGUCAGCCAUGUGUAAUAAAGAGAGGAUGAAAUCCUACUACAACUACAAGAAAUGAUGUUGGAGGACAUAGUGAUAUUUUGCUGGCUGUGAUUUGUUGGAAGUACUUGUGUGGCCAUGUAAUGGCUAACCGGACGUAGACACACCCUUGACAACCUCCUAUCUUCUUGGAAACAAACAUCAUUCAAAUGUACAUGUUUGUAAAAAAAAGUGUGUUUCAAAUUGAAACUUCUAUGGCUAAGAAAAGGGGAAUUUUUAGGGGAACUGACAUUUUUGUUCCUAAAACAUAUGUCAUGUAUACUUGACUUUAUCUUGUUUAUUGGCAAGUAUACUGAUAGAAAAAAAGUUCUGUAUUGUUCUGUAUGACUAUGGCAACUUAGUCUACAAUUGACAGUUCUUGAAGUGUCGCUGCAAUUUUUAUGUGUUCUUUUAUAUUUUUCAUCAGUAUAUUUGUUUUGUCAAAGAAGCUGAUUAAAACAAGCGCUUCAUCCAUAUUAUUCAUCAUCAUUGAGCUUAUUUUGAACAGGUGUUUCAGUCAUUUUAUUUGUGUCGUAGCAAAGACUUUGGUGUUGAUUUGUUCCAACUAGGAUCAAGUACAUUAUGGUGUUGUAGGUUCACUUGUUGUAAGUUCAAACUGAUACAUCAUGGUGGGAGGAAAGACCUAAAAGAAAAGGAAAGCAUUUGUUUUGAUUUCUUCUUCUCUCCAUCAACCUAGAUCCCUAGAUGUGAACUAUUUUUGGGGCAAAGUGGAAGAUUGAACUUCCGUGCUUGUUCAUGCAUACUUUGGCAUACUUAUCAUGUAAGACCGUUGUGUCUUACAUGGUGUCACAUAGGAUUGGGUGGUGCAAUGAGUAACCUGACUAAUUGUGUAUUAUCAUUCUCACAUGGCUUGUCUGGCCCAGGGCCCACUUGUGCUAGAAACUAAUUUCCAAAUUAUUGUAACUUUCACACCAUCAACUCCAUGUUCAUAACAAAGUAGACUCAAUUUAUGGAUAACAACUUCUUUAUUUUACUGUAAUAGCAACGGUGUACAUGGUAUAGAUCCUCAUUCCGAUGUCUUGCUUGACAACGGUAUAAGGAUCUACACCGGAACAGACCUUGCUUGACAACGGUAUAAGAAUUGAUACUGGAACAGGUCUCGCUUGAUAACGGUAGUCAAGUCUCGUUAAUCCGACACUCGUUAAUCCAACAAUCGGCUUUAUCAGACACUAAUGAUGGGAACCAAUUAAAUCAGUGCUAUUUAGACCUGUUAAUCCGACAGUCUCGUACUCUGACUCCGA